GCUGGAAGAUUUGUAGUCGAUAGAAAGCAUCUUCUGCUCUUCCAUUGAGUCAUGGCAUGAAGUUGGUAGAGUUUACAACAGCUGAAUAGCAUCCAGUUGAGCAGCAGAAAACGGAGGAGAAGCUCACUACUGGGUAUACAGAAUGCCUCCACAGUCAGAACCUACACAGGUUAAACCAGAAACUGGUGCCAGUGUUCCACAGCUGUUUACCUGGGAAGAGAUUGCAAUUCACUCAGGUCAGGGGUCUUCCAAGCAGGACCAAUGGCUGGUCAUCAACAGGAAGGUUUAUGAUAUCAGCAACUUCUACCGGAAGCAUCCGGGAGGAAGUCGUGUCAUCAGCCAUUUUGCAGGACAGGAUGCUACGGAUGCCUUCUCAGCUUUUCACAAGAAUGAAGCUUUGGUGAAGAAAUACUUGAGCUCACUGCUAAUUGGAGAGCUGGCACCAGAUCAACCCUGUUGUGAGCCCAGCAAAAAUGAGUCACUGUUAAAGGAUUUUCGUGAUCUCUACGUUACUGUAAGGAAGAUGGGACUCAUGAAUGCCAAUUAUCUCUUCUUUGCCCUCACAUUCCUACACAUCAUUUUGUUGGACCUUGCUGCCUGGAUCAUUAUCUACCACUUUGGAACUUCCUGGACACCUUUUAUAUUUAGUGUGAUGGCAUUUACAACUGCUCAGGUCCAGUACGGGUGGCUCCAACAUGAUCUGGGUCAUAUCUCAGUCUUCCAGAGUGCCAAAUGGAACCGAUGGUUUCACAUGGUUGUGAUGGGUCUUCUUCAGGGUGGACCACCUAGCUGGUGGAACCAUAUGCACAAUCAGCACCAUGCUAAACCCAAUUGCUACCGCAAGGACCCUGAUCUCAAUAUGCACCCUCUCCUAUUCAGCCUGGGAAAGCCACUCUCAUGGGAGCUUGGGAAAAUGAAGAAGAAAUCUUUGCCUUAUAACCACCAGCACAAGUACUUCAGCGUGGUUGCUCCAGGUGCAAUUGUCCCUUUCUUUCAACUGAUUACCUUCUACUUCGUAUACACAAGGAAAAAAUGGUUGGAGCUUCUUUUCAUGUUGAUCUUCUAUGUCCGCGUCUCUCUCAUGUAUAUUCCUUUGAUGGGAUUUAAGACCUUCAUGGCACACUACUGGAUGGCCAGGUUCCUGCAAGCUUGUUGGUUCAUCUGGGUUACACAAAUGAACCACAUCCCAAUGCACAUCGACUAUGACAAGAAUAUGGACUGGGUCUCGGCUCAGCUGGCAGCAACGUGUAAUGUGGAACAGUCUUGGUUCAAUGACUGGUAUACUGGCCACUUGAAUUUCCAGAUUGAACACCAUCUUUUUCCCAUGAUGCCUCGACACAACUACUGGAAGGUGGCCCCCCUGGUGAAAUCCCUCUGUGCCAAGCAUGGUGUUGAUUACCAAUGCAAGUCACUGCUUACUGCCUUUGGAGACAUUUUACACUGUCUAAAGGAGUCAGGAGACACCUGGCUUGAAGCCUAUUUACAUGCAUAAGAAAAAGGCAGAUCUUCAAGAAAGGACAAUCUUUUUUCAUGCUGCUGCUACCACAGAGCUCCAGCAUUUGGUGGGAAAGGCAGGCCUAGCUUUGAUCAUCACAUCAUGAAUGAAGUGCUUUCUCUUCAGUAGCUGAGACUUGAUCUAAUGCACUGGACCCUAUUGCCUAACUAUGAGGUACUAAGAAUGAAUCAGGCAGAAAAUGGACUUUCUUCUGGGAUAAGAAGCUACUUUGUUUUGGUUUAGGGUAAUUUUUAUGAGUUCCUUUCCAACUGGAAUGAUUUGGGGGCUUCAGUUGCCUGGAAAUUAUUAAAAGCCAGUGUGGUGUA